AUGUCGGUAUCUUGGCCACCCCGCGCAAUAGACAUUUACCCACGGGAGAGUCCAUAUUGCCUCGAAGCCUCUCGGCUUAUAGAUCACCCUGGCCAGUGUAAGAACGACCUUCAAACAUACUUAUCUAGAUCAACCUCGUCCCAGAAAAUCGGUGUUAUACCAUCGACGCAGUUUAUCACCAUGAAGCCUCAAGUCGUUCCCUUUCUCGCCUCUCUUCUUGCAGCAGGGCAGGCAGCAAGACCCUGUCCAGCAUCUCCUGCUCCAACUUCCUGGCAGAUUUCCGAAUGGACCUACGAUGCGCCCGAUCGAUCUCUACCAGGACGGGCAGGGACCGACUCGGUGAUUGGUCUCUAUCUCUCCACGGGUGGCACAACGUACAGCUGCUUCGGAAUGUGGCCCGAGGAAUGGAAAGGGUUUACUCAAGACAAAUCCGCUUUGCUCUGGAGCAGCUGCGUGAACAUUUUUGGCAGGCCAAUCGAUGACACGGUUAGUUUUGCGAUGGACUGGGAGAAAAGGAUUUUGUAUGCGAGCCAUACUUUCAGUUGUGAGAACGAAGAGGUGUCUGGAUUGGCCACCGCAUCCAUCGUCUUGCCUACUUCAUGCGAUAACACGGGCUCGGGGGGCAACCCAACGCGGUGUUUGACGACGUCGAGGCAGAUCAACCUCAACACAACGCUGCAGGCUAGAGGACAAAGCCCUUGUUCUUCAGCACCCGCAUCAGGGAGAUAUCUGGAAUCUUGGGAGAUCAGAAACCAUACUAGUCUGUACGAGUCCACGCCAGAAACAGACGGCAACUUGUUUGUUGCUGUCAAUACAGCCACAAACGAGAUAUUUGAGUGCGCCAGAGAGUACCCUGCCGGAAAUGGUGUUUGCACUCCGGUGGGUGCGUCGGGGGGGUUGACCAUCGCCUCAUUUAACCUGGAUCCCGUCAGAAAGCUGCUUACAAUGCGCCAGGUUUGGGCUUGUGGCAGCGGAGUUGGCACGGUUGAAGCGCUUGGGGCUGCCUCUGUUCCUGCUCCCUGUUUUGAAGAUGACGUUCCUAUAUGCGAGUCGAGCAGAUUCUGGCUCUCACCGCCCGACCCACUCAACCCCCCGGGCAUCUACGCAACACUUUUCGCCAAACCACCAGAUCCCGACCUCACCGACCACUGCCGCCCAAUAUCACCAGACAUCCCGACCGGCGUCGAUCGCCGUAACUUCCCCCAAACCAUGGUUCUUCAAGAUUUAGGUCGGCGCAUCAAUGCCGCCGUCACCGACUUGACGCGCGCCCCAAAUCUCGAUGAAAAGGCCUUCGACUCUAUGCUCAAACAGAUUUGCUCCGCCCUCCUCGAAGCAGAUGUCAAUGUCCGUCUCGUCGGCCGGCUCCGAAAAGACAUCAAAGCCGCAGUCAACUUCAAAGACCUCCCCCCGGCAGUCAACAAGAAGCGCCUCAUUCAGAAAGCCGUCUUCGACCACCUCGUCAACCUCGUCGACCCCCAUGCUGAACCCUUCAAGCCAAAGAAGGGCAAGUCCAAUGUCAUCAUGUUUGUCGGCCUUCAGGGUGCCGGCAAGACCACAACCUGCACCAAGCUUGCUCGCCAUUACCAAUCACGUGGCUUUCGCGCCUGCUUAGUUUGCGCCGAUACUUUCCGUGCCGGUGCCUUUGAUCAGCUCAAGCAAAAUGCGACCAAGGCCAAGAUUCCAUACUACGGCAGCUUGACGGAAACCGACCCGGCCGUCGUGGCCAAGGAGGGUGUCGACAAGUUCAAGAAGGAGAGGUUCGAGGUUAUCAUCGUGGAUACAUCUGGUCGUCAUAGGCAAGAAAGUGCCUUGUUUCAAGAAAUGAUGGACAUCCAGAACGCCAUCAAACCAGACGAGACUGUCAUGGUGCUCGACUCGAGCAUAGGGCAGCAGGCCGAGGGGCAGGCCAUGGCCUUCAAGGAAGCCGCCGACUUUGGCGCCAUCAUCAUCACAAAGACCGACGGCCAUGCUGCCGGUGGUGGAGCAAUCUCGGCCGUCGCCGCCACCCGCACACCCAUUGUCUUUAUCGGUACCGGAGAGCACAUGCUGGACUUGGAGCGCUUCGUACCCAAGAACUUUAUCUCCAAGCUGCUGGGCAUGGGUGACAUGGCUGGUCUGGUGGAGCAUGUCCAGUCGCUGAAACUGGACCAGAAGGACACGAUCAAGCACAUUACAGAAGGCAUCUUCACUGUGCGGGACUUGAGGGAUCAGCUGCAGAACAUCAUGAAGAUGGGCCCGCUAUCCAAGAUGGCGGGCAUGAUUCCCGGCAUGAGCAAUAUUAUGGCCAACAUGGACGACGAAGAAGGGAGCCUGAAGCUGAAGAGGAUGAUCUACAUCUGCGACAGCAUGACGAACAAGGAGCUGGACUCGGACGGCAAGAUCUUCAUCGAGCAACCGACGCGUAUGACAAGAGUGGCGCGGGGUUCGGGAACGACAGUCCGAGAGGUGGAGGACUUGCUGACACAGCAGAGGUUGAUGGCCGGCAUGGCCAAGAAGAUGGGCGGCAACAUGAAGAACAUGCAGAGGGCACAGAAUGCCAUGGGUGGAGGCAAUAAGGCCCAACAGUUGGCUGCUAUGCAGAAGCGGUUACAGAGCAUGGGCGGCGCCGGCGGGGCUGGUGGUGGCAUGCCCGAUAUGGGCAGUCUGAUGAAGAUGCUUGGCGGCGGGGGCGGACCCGGAGGCGGCUUUGACAUGAACGCCAUGAUGAAGCAGAUGGGCGGCAUGAUGGGCGGAGGAGGAGGACGGGGCGGGAGGAGGUAGUUUCGGUUUGCAAAGUCUUGAAGUCUUAUACCAGAGGGAGAGGGUUUUGCAUUAGUUUGGCGUCCGGGGUCUAGGGUCUGAAAUGGGGCCAGCCAUGGCGGCGGCUGUUUACGAUAAAUACACGCACACACAUAUCUACAGAUCACAUUCAAGAAAGCCCUGACUCGUCUUGCUAGAAGCAAACGAUAAACCCGGAAUGAUGAU